CCCUGGAGGAUUCUUCUGACGUCACGAUCCAUCCCAGCAUUCCAGGGGUUUUCACUGCCUUAGCAACGGCGGAGUGAGACCGAGGCGCGGCCGGGUGAGAGGUCAGCGGAGAGAUUCGAACCCAGGGGAAACCGGAGGGUGGUGCGGUGGUGUCUCGAGCUAAUAGUGCGGGAACAGAGCGAGAGCUGUGACUGAUCUUAGGAAAACCCUACCUACCAUUGACGUCACAAGAGAGCUUGGAAGGAGUGAGAAACCAACUUGGGCAGUACUUAUCAGAUUUAUUCUAAGAACCACCAAAUCUAAGUGAACUGGUCUUCAACAGUAGUAAUAUUUUCUUAGACCUCACCAAAGAUGUCUGCAAAAACAACCAGCACAAAUAACAUAGCACAGGCACGAAGAACUGUACAGCAACUCAAAGUAGAGGCCUCCAUAGAAAGAAUAAAGAUUUCAAAAGCGUCGGCUGAUCUCAUGCGUUACUGCGAUGAACAUGCCAAGAAUGAUCCUUUGCUCAUGGGUAUCCCGGCAUCCGAAAACCCCUUCAAGGAUAAAAAGCCUUGCAUUAUAUUGUAGUCUCAUUACUAGUGAACAUCAUUUUUUUUUUUUUUAACUUUUAUCUCUUUCCAAAGCAAAACAGAUCCCAACUAAAAUCUGUUAUUUACUUGAGAAAAAAAUGGGUAGAAAAAAAAAAUAUACCAAUGAUUCUUUUAUAUAUUCUCCCUUUAUAGCUUUCUUACACAUGGCAACAGAUUUUUUUUUUUACCAAAUGUCUGACCAGAAUGAGGCGGAUACAUAUUUAUUUGUCAGCAGUGUUUACUUGUCAUUUUAAACCUUUCUAGAAAAUUGAAGUAAGACAACGUUGCCUCAACUUGCUGCAUAGGUCUGAUCAUUGCAGGCAAGGAAUGAUGUAGUUUUAUUAUGAGCUCACAUUCCUGCUGAAUUCAACCCAAAAGUCAAAUUGGCAAGCCUCAGCCAUGGACUGUUAACUUGUCCCUCUUUCUAAGCUUUUGAACCUAGAACACUAUGGGCUGCUUCUCAGGAUCUUGCAAAAGCCAAAUUGUAUUUGUACCAAUUUAAUGAAUGUAACAGCAACAUUUAUUUUUCAGAAGAUAUUUCUGUUGUGUUGCUAUUGGGUUUAUCAUUUUAGAACCAUAAUAUGUAAGAUUUGUAAUUGUUUACCCCUAUUUUAUCUUAUGUCAUGGGGUAGGAAGUAUAUUUUUAGAUGGAGCUGCUGGAAAGGGAGGGCACACAUUUUAUCAGGUAUGGAUGUGGGUAAAUUAGGAAUGUUAGACCUACAUUGCUUUAGUUAUGAGCAUCUUCGAAGUUGAAUUACCAUCAGUUGCAGUGGUUGAUUUGUCAUCUGUGCCUAGGGUUGAGUGCAGGAGCAAGCAGUUCUAAAACAAAUGGGGCCAAGCAUGACAAACAUAGAAUCUACACAUGCCCCUGCAGCAAGUUUGUUAUUCUAAUCAAAAUAAUAACCUAAACCAAGCUAGCAACUUCAUGAGGGAAUUAUUGAGUGUACAAGUUUGCUUAUUUUUUUUUUUUUUUUUUUUAAAUACAUUUUUUUGGACCAAGUUAGCGGAACAUGUAUGCUCUAAAUUCAUAUUUUAGAACAAGAAUCUACAAUGCCAAAAUAACCUACUUUAAGGUUAGUUAAGGACCAAGCGUUGGGUUAACCUUUGAACCUAGAUGUCAUUUAUGUGAUUGGCACCUCAGCUUAGCUAUA